AAAAUUUGUGCAUUGGAACCUGAAGGCCGGUUGAAAAUAGACCUGGUCCUAAUGAAGGCUGAUGCUCUGCUUCAGUGUAUCAGUGAGGAGCAAAAGCAUGAAAUAUUAUCCAGGCUAAAGGAUGUUAAAGCCAUGUGGGAAGAAACAGCCAUAUACAUUACUCAUUGUCACAGCCGCAUUGAGUGGGUGUGGUUGCAUUGGAGUGAAUACUUGAAGGCCCAGGAUGAAUUUUACACCUGGCUUCACAACAUGAAGGUGACCUUGGAACCUGACAUAGAGUUGCAGCUUGGCUUAAAGGAGAAGCAGUGGCAGCUUAGCCAUGCUCAGGUCCUACUGAAAGAUGUUCAGAAUCGGUCAUCUUUGCUGGAUCGGCUACUAGAGGAAGCCAUAUCUCUCUAUAACCGAAUUGGAGAUACAAGUGUUGAUGAAGAUGCCCGAGAAAAGAUGAAGGAGGAAUAUGAAGAAAUCAAGAAUGAAGCAGAGGUGAGAAAAAUUCAGAGUGAAGGCCAAAUAGAAGAGCAAAAUAGAUGUUACA